GUUUAAUGGCGUUUACGCUAAGCUUUAAUUGAAUUAAUCAAAAGUUAUAUAUUUUUCUAAUUUAUUUGAUAUCUAUUUAUGAGACAAAGUAUUGUCAAACACUUGAUGUAAUCAAUUGUCACACAAAUGCCAUUGAAUUAGAUUUUGUUCACAAAUUGUUGUUAUAUUUUGCAUACAAUUAGUGAAACAAAUGUUUGAAUCCUUUUAAGGAUUGAAUCCUAAAUACGAGGAAAACAUUUGUCUAACCAUUGGUUUGGAUGUUUCAUCCACACUAUCACCACAUUUGCAUCAGUUCUUAGACGCUUCCACACCUCUGAUGUCCACUAAUGCCAUGACUUCAAAGACCAUCAUUUCUUGGGACUGAGUUCGAGCUGAAAUCCAGUGAAAGCUGCAAAUGCAGGGAAUGGGAGCCAACUGUCGACCCACGGGUGCCACCAGUCAGAUGACACCCAUUUGGACGGCAAUCUUCGACUACGAGGCCACCGGUGAUGACGAGUUGUCUUUGCAGAGGGGCGACAGAGUGGAAGUGCUGUCGAUGGACACGAAGAUCUCUGGCGAUGAAGGCUGGUGGACGGGAAAGAUUGGACAAAGAGUGGGCAUAUUUCCGUCCAAUUUCGUGAUCCCUGAGAGGAGGUGUCCGUCCAAUGAAGCGUCGGUUUUGCCACAAAUCUGCGAAAUAGAUUUCUCUCAACUCAGACUCCAAGAAGUGAUA